GUUUUACAAUUGUCAUGUCCCAGUCUAAAAAUAACUUCCGGUAAAAUGUCAACAGAUACUGGUUCCAGUGAAGUUAAUGAUAAUAAACAGGAAAGUAAAGAGGACGUUGCUGCUGGUGAAAACGAUACUGAAGGUCCAACAAGCCCGACACAAACUAAAUCAAAAGUAAAUGUACUUCUGAAGGCUGCAGGGGAUGCACCAAUUUUGAAAAAGAAGAAGUAUACACUUGAACGGAACAAGAGGAUUGCUUACAUAUCUACAUUCCUAAGCAAAUUAAUCAAGCUGGAAUCAGGAGAAUCUAUAUUCCUGUAUGUAAACCAGUCGUUUGCCCCAGCUUUAGACUCAGAAGUGGGAUCUGUGUUUGAUUGUUUUGGCAGUGAUGGCAAAUUGGUUCUUCAUUACUGCAAGUCCCAAGCCUGGGGUUGAAUAGGAAGAGAUGUGGACCUUGUGUGAUGCAACUAAAACUUUAAGUGUUUUCUUGUGUCCUUGACUACAAAUUGCAAAACUGUUGUCAUGGGAAACAAUUUUAUGUGACUAACAUGGUAUCACAUGCUGAUAUCUGUAAAGUUAAUGUUUCAUUUUAAAGGUUCAUGUGUUGAAAUAUGCAAAAAUGUACUUAGUACAUUUUUGGUAAGCUGUGUAUUGUCAAGAAGUUGAUCGUUUUCUAUUUUUAACAAACAGAAAACUAGGUUCUUUAAUAAAAUGCAUGUAAAAUGUAAGUAUAUUGAUAGUUGGCAUAACUGGACAACAAAUGGUAGGUAUUUUUGUCAAACAUACACAAUUAUUUAGGUUUAUAAAUCUGCAAUCUUUGCAAGGUAGUAACUCAUAUCUUUCAUACUCUUAAGUUUUUUUGUUAGAAAUUGGAUACUUUGGUACUAUGCUUGAGUCAAAAACAUAUGCUUGUACUUCUUAAUUAUCAUUAUAGCAUUGAUGACCUACUUAAGGUGAAGGUUACUGUUGCUGAAAAAGAAGAACGGUUUUCCCUGAAGUAUUCAAAUUUUGCUGGAGGGAUUGCACUGAAAUUAUGUGUGUAGGUUGAUGUCACUAAGCUUGGGAUUGCAUUUUGGGCUGGUUGAAUUGACAUUAUAAUAUGAAAAUAGUCUGCUCUAUUCCUCGAGUUUGGAUGGUUUUAUGCUGAAAUGUUACAUUUAGGUAACUUACCUGCAGACCUAGCUUUAGACUACAUAUUAAUUUCUUAACUAGAAUUAGAUUAUUAUGUUAAAACCUGGUUUCAUUUUGUUGUUCGUCAAUUGUUCUGCCUUCAUUAGUUUAAAAAAUGAAUAAAUUGUUAGCAGAUUAUUGUAAGCCAGACCAAAGAUCUAUAAAUAAAUCUAUUUAUAGAUCUUUGGUCGAACCUUUAAACAGAAUUGUUUUAUCACAAGUUUCAAACCUGCCACACAAGUACUGUAAGUUAUCAAUAUUUGCAAUAGUCAGAUUGGACUCUUCUGCUAUACUUGUGUGAUUAUUUAUGCUGCUUCAUUCUGUGCAAUACAUGUAUGUUUAUUGGAAUUUUUAUUAUUACGGUAUAAUAAAAUGCAAUUAUAUAUCAUG